UCUACGUACCAGAAAAAUGAAGCGUUCCUGACGGCUUGCUCUAGGAUAUGGCUCAUGCACGAACUCUGAGUUCGUCAGUGCUCCUUGCCACUACCCUGUCCUUGAGCUUCCUCGUUGUUGCCUUAUCGCUUGAUACAGCACCACCUAGUAAUGAUCUCCAGACCCUCCUUUGCCUGAAGGUCCAUCUCUGUGACUCUGCCGGGCAGCUAGCCUCGUGGAAGAAUGACUCUCUUCAGUUUUGCAGUUGGGAUGGUGUUAGAUGCAGCAAGAGGCACACAUCUCGCGUUGUUGCUCUGGACCUCGAGUCGUUUGAGCUCAACGGCCAAAUACCUACUUGUAUUGCCAAUCUCACUUUCCUCACAAGAAUCCACUUCCCAAAUAACCAACUUACUGGUCCAAUUCCUCCUGAGCUUGGCCAACUAAAUAGGCUGCAGUACCUUAAUCUCAGUUCGAACAAACUCAGUGGUGUGAUUCCCGACACACUGUCUUCCUGUUCUCGCCUCCAAAUCAUCGAUCUUGGGGGUAAUUCCCUGCAAGGAGUGAUUCCUCCAAACCUGAGCCAAUGCUUAAAUCUUGAGAACCUCGUCUUGCAGCAUAACAGCCUCAGUGGAGAUAUCCCAGAAGGCCUGGGGAUGCUCCAUAAUCUUUCAAUUUUGCGUCUUGCUGGAAAUAGUCUGACGGGAAAAGUUCCUCUUUCACUUGGAUGCAAAUCUUCUCUUAGCGUUGUUGUGCUUACAAACAAUAGCCUCACCGGACCAAUCCCAUCUUGCCUACAUAACAGUUCAUCGCUUCAAGUGCUGGACUUAAUAAACAAUCAUCUUGAUGGAGAGAUUCCAUAUGCUCUGCUAAAUAGCAGAUCACUGAAAACAUUAGGCCUUGGGGUGAACAAAUUUGUGGGGUCAAUACCUGCUCUCUCGCACACUGACUCUCCCUUGGAGCAUCUCAUUUUGACAUCAAAUGAUCUUUCAGGUGCCAUACCUUCUUCAUUGGGGAAUUUAUCUUCCCUUAUCAGGCUUAUGCUUGCAUACAACAAUUUUCAAGGAAGCAUCCCGGCGAGUAUAGGUAAAAUUCCGAACCUACAAGCACUGGACCUGACUUACAACUAUUUGUCAGGAACUGUCCCAACCUCCCUUUACAAUAUGUCAGCUUUGACAUACCUUGGCAUCGGCGCAAAUAACCUUCAGGGGGAAAUUCCACACAACAUUGGCUUCACCCUUCCAAGCAUCAAAAAGAUGAUUUUUCUAGAGAACCAAUUCCGUGGUAAAAUCCCUGUUUCACUAGCGAAUGCAACUAACCUUAUGGUGAUUGACUUACGGUAUAAUUCAUUCCAUGGAAUUAUUCCUUCUUUGGGUUCGCUUCCCAACUUAGUAGAAUUAAAUCUAGGCAUGAAUCAGCUUGAAGCUGGAGAUUGGUCUUUCCUUUCCUCACUAGCCAAUUGCACACAGUUGGUCAAAUUAUCUUUAUCAGGAAACAAAAUCCAAGGAGCAUUGCCAGGUUCCAUUGGUGGUCUUGCAAACAGCUUAAAGGUUUUGCUGUUGGCAGGAAAUAAUAUAUCUGGGAAAAUACCAUCCGAGAUAGGAUACCUUACAAACGUUACGCUUCUUUACCUGGAUAAAAAUCAGUUCACCGGAAGCCUCCCAGACACACUCGGAAAUCUUUCUAGGUUAGUUGGACUAAGCUUAUCGCAGAACAAACUUUCUGGGCGAAUUCCAGUCUCAAUCGGUACUCUAAGUCAAUUAAACGAGCUCUAUUUACAGGAAAACAAUUUUAGUGGCCCGAUCCCAGAAGCUAUAGGAUACUGCAAAAAUUUAGAAAUGAUGAACCUCUCGUGCAACAGCCUUGAUGGUCAGAUACCAAAGAUGCUUCUUACUCUUUCCUCCCUUGCUAGAGGCAUGGAUUUGUCCCACAACCAACUCUCUGGACAAAUACCACUUGAGAUUGGUGGCUUGAUCAAUCUCGGACUGCUCAACAUCUCCAAUAACCUGUUGUCUGGACAAAUUCCCUCCACCCUAGGCCAGUGUGUCCACUUGGAGUCCCUUCACAUGGAAGGGAACCAUCUUGAAGGAAAAAUCCCAGAGUCUUUCACGGAACUGAGAGGCAUUAUCGAGCUAGAUCUGUCUCGAAAUAAUCUGUCUGGAGCAAUACCUGAAUGGUUUGAGACCUUCAGCUCGUUGAAGCUUCUCAAUUUGUCCUUCAACAACCUCGAAGGUUCAUUACCCACUGGUGGGAUAUUUCAUAAUAAAAGCACGGUGUACAUUCAGGGGAACAAGAAGUUAUGUGGGAGCACUCCAUUGCUAAAAUUGCCACUUUGUGAUGCAAAUGCCUCCAGAGGAAAUCAUACUUCCAAAAUUCUGAAGGUACUAGGAUUGAGUGUUCUUUCUUUGCUCCUAUUAUCAUGCUUAGCGGUCAUACUAUUGAUGAAGAAGAAGAAAGUCAAACAAGUAGCUCACUCAUCCUGCAAGGAAUUCAAAAGGGUCUCAUAUACUGAUUUAGUCAAAGCAACAAAUGGUUUCUCCCCAUCCAACUUGGUUGGUUCAGGAAAAUCUGGAUCAGUGUACAGAGCUAGAUUUGAGUUUGAAGAACGUACAGUUGCUAUCAAGGUUUUCAAACUUGAUCAACUUGGCGCACCAAAGAGCUUCCUUGCUGAGUGUGAGGCAUUAAGGAGCACUCGUCAUCGGAACCUUGUAAAGGUGAUUACUACAUGCUCAACAUUUGAUCCAUCAGGAAAUGAGUUCAAAGCUCUUAUUCUUGAAUAUAUGCCUAAUGGUAGCCUAGAAAGCUGGCUCUAUCCUGAGCUGAACAAGUACGGAUUUAAAAGCUCACUGAGUUUGGACUUAAGAAUAACAAUAGCAAUGGAUAUAGCUUCUGCUUUGGAUUAUCUACACAACCAUUGCAUGCCCGCUGUGGCCCAUUGUGAUUUGAAGCCCAGCAAUGUCCUUCUUGAUGAUGCCAUGGGUGCACAUCUUGCUGACUUCGGGUUAGCUAAGUUUCUUCACAGUUUCAGUCAUCCGUGCCAUCAAAGUUCUACAAGCUUACUAGGACCAAGAGGAUCAAUCGGAUACAUUGCACCGGAGUACGGAUUCGGGAGCAAACUCUCAACUGAAGGUGAUGUCUACAGCUACGGAAUUAUCAUCUUAGAAAUGCUCACAGGGAAACGCCCAACGGAUGAGAUCUUUACUGAUGGUUUGAACCUUCACAAAUUUGUGGAAAAUGCAUUUCCUCAAAAGAUUACUGAAGUUCUAGAUCCUUGCAUCGUUCCAAGUUCUGAAGAUGGCGAUGUGUACUACAAUUUGGAUCAUGGAAAUAAUGCAAAAGAUGGCGUGGAGAGCUGCAUUGUGCAUCUUGUUAAACUCGGGCUCUCGUGCUCUUCGCAGGUACCAAAAGAUCGACCAACAAUGCAGGAUGUUUAUGCUGAAGUCAUCACCAUCAAAGAAGCAUUUGCAGUGCUACAUGGUUGAGCAAAAGUUCUGCGGUUAACGUAGGUCAACAAGACAACAAGAUUGUAGUAGCUAAGGCUAUCAACAUCACUGCUUAUGAGUUCUGCAACAAGAAGCAACAAACAACAGUUUUUACUCAACCAUGUAGCGCUGAUUAUUUUCUUUAGGACUAAUUAACAAAUACGGUUUCAUUAGAUCCUGGACAAUUCAGGACACUCAAUAAUUUU